AGUUUGGCAUCGGAUGACGCGCUCUUUCGUUAAUCGGACACUCCGGUCAUCCCUGCUGAUGCAAACCUGCAAUUCAAUUUAAAUCAUCAUCAUAUCGUAUCGUGUCCGAAGAGCGUUAUUAUUUACGCGUCAUUUUUUUUUUAAAUUUGUUGUUUUUUUUUUUUUAUCGUUAUUAUUUAUUAGAAAAAAAAUUUCCUCUCCCCGCGACGAUCCACGGUGGCACCAGCAAACAACAAUAACAACAACAACAACACGGGCAAUAAAAAGAUAAAUCCAAUAAUAAUAAUUAUUAUUGUUAUUUUUCCGUCUCGUGUUGCGGACCGAGUAACCGUCCUCGCAGUACGUUUGCAGAGGCCGCAGUCGCAUGCAUUAAGUCCGACCGACGAUUCACCGUUCAGACGCCGCCGCAGUCGUCGUCAUCGUCACCACACAGCCGUCGUCCCGCGUCGCCACUGCCGCGUGCCACUGUUGUCGCCGCAGCGGACCCGCGUUGACGAAAUUUUGCGACCCGACGUACAGUAACGGGCACCGCGAUUGAUCUGAAAGGUGUGGCGGGUGGUGAUCCGCACCACCCGCACAACAUUUUCCCGGCACUGUUUUCCAGGCAGCUGAACUUCAACAACGGGUCACACCAUCACGGCGGCACGGCCCACACGUCUUCGGGUGAGUGUCCAAUUGCUAUAACGCGUCAUCGUGGAUAAUAAUGAUAAUACUAAUAAUAAUAUAUAUGAGUACUACCCAAAGGUUAUAAUAUUACAAUAUCAUGCGUUAGAUAUUUUUCACUUUGUCAUAAUUGCACACGAAACAGCAUUUAUUAUAAUAUAAUAUUACGCUAUAUCUAUGUCAAGUCUCGUAAUUUAUCCGAAAUUGUAAUUCUCUUGAUAUUAUCCAGCCAUACAUAUGCGAAACUAUAUUGUGUGGUACAUUUGAUUUUGUGUAUUCACUGUACAGAAUCGUCGUUUGUAAAGCGAUAUCUUAUAUUUUCAAUAUUUUCAAAAUAAACGCGUAUCUGUGACUAUCCUUAUUGAUUUUCAAAUGAUUGUUGAUUUUCUAACUUGGAUGCAAAUAGAGAACAUAAUGUAGGUAUAUUACAAUAAUAACGUUGUUAUAACGGGAUAAUUAUAGAAGUAUAUCACUCGUGUGAGUUAUGCAGAGUUUAAGAUUUUGGACGGAUGAAUACGACUAUCUAUAACGCUCGAACACGAAUAUGUAGUCUAUUGGUAACCUUGCCCCUAUCUUGCCUCAUUCGGUCUAAAUCCUUGAGCGCGACGUUGAACGAAGGUAAAAUCAUGUCUAAUAUCUCGCGCGUUCUAUAGUCCGCGGAAUUCCAAUAGUUCGGGUAACCGUAAGGUUGUCCACGAAAAUGUGUAGAGCGGGGCGAAUUGAAAAUACUUAUUCCUCUUUUUUCAUUUGUAUCGUUAUUUAUUUAUAUAUUUAUAAUAAUAGGCUUGUGCUCAUAUAUUAGCAUAAUUACAAGUUAUUGAAAUUAUAUUAAGUUACAAGAAAAAUUAUAAAUUAGGUAUAAAAAAUAUAUUUGAUUCGAAGAGGAGAAAAGUGUUGGUUUAAUAUACAAAAAAUAUUAAGAACAAAAGAAGGAAGGGUUGGAAUUGGCAGUAGUCAUAAGGCAGAUAAUUGGCUCAUUGAGUUCGUAAUUAGUAGAAUUAUAUUGUAUAAGGGUGAAAAAUCAAGGGGGUCAAAUACUUCUACUUUUCCACCCUCCUGCUUGACGCAUUUAUGAGUAACCGUAUUGAACUUUAGAAGCUUCAUAUGAUUUACACCACGCGCAUAUCUCCGUUCAACACAAAACAUUUGAUUCGUUUGGUUUUAUUAAUAAUAAACAAUGUUAACGAGAUUAAUUCUUGGGCUCGGGAUCGCAAUAUUGAAUAAGUUCUGUUCGGGUUCGUCGUCUCUUUGUGCGUCUCAGCCGAUGAUUUGUCACUAUUUCGUAUGUUUAUAAUUUUCAAUUGGUUACGUAAUUCGUUGUCAAGUCGAAGCAGCUAUUAUUACACGUCACGCGGAUCAAAGACAUAUAGUUUCACUUAUAACUAAAAAAUACGAAUAAACCGUGUGCAAUAUUUCACGCCAUAUUGCAGAUUUAUCCAAACGUUUGAUACCGUUUUAAUAUUAUUUAUAAUGUUGCAGCUGCAACUGGCUGCGAACUUAAAGACUUUACGUAAUAUUGUUGUCAAGAAAUUUCUCUACAAUAUUUAUAAAUUAGAUAUAACGUAAAGUUCGGUAAUUUUUAAAGUCUUCGAACAUGGAAAAUAAACCCGAAAACUCCAAGAAACUUCAACGGCCCCCUCUCCAGGACUAAAUUAUUGAGAACUUUUCCUUGUGCAACAACAUGGUGAAUACCAUAUUGAAAUUCAAUUCAAAUUUUAUCUCUUCAAUUCGUUUAUAAAAUAACUCUAACUUCCCAGUUUGAGCUCAGUUGGUUCAGAGGGGCCCACUAAAAUUGUAUAAAUGGAAAAUAUAAAUGUAUCACGGAUACCACUAGUUAUUAUUUUCAUGGAAUAUUUGACUAAAUAGGAUAAAUAAUUUUAAUUUGGAAAAUUAAUGUUAAAAAAAAUCACUCGUGUUAACAGAGUUACGUAACUCUAUAACAUUGUACGUACUAUAGUGUUUAUUUUUGUAAGAUUGGAAUAUUCUUUGCGAAACUCAAUAGUAGUACAAAAAUACACAAUUUACAAUACUACUUACAUAAAAAAAAGAAAAAUUGUCAAAUCUGAUUAAAAAAUGACAAGGAUUUAAAGUUGAAUUUCUCAAAAGGCACAUCUUUGAUACUAACGCUAUCAUUUACAAAAUGUAACCCCUCCUGAAUUCAUUUAAGGAUUCUGUAGGGAUGUAUAAAGCUAUAAAAAAACUUUUCCAUCCGAAACCAUUGUUAAAUUCGUAUAAAUCAAAUAUUUACUUAUUGAAAUUCAACCAAAUUCUUAUCACUUUGUUCAAUCCACUUACACAACUACUCUAGUUCUAGCGUUUGAGCUCAAUUUUGGCCUAGAAAUGUCCAAAAGUAGUGAGAUGACUUAGACUUUGACGCUCAAUGAUUUGACAAAUUUAUUUUUGCUAUUUUGCACCCCGAGGAUACAUAAAGUUAUGUACGUUCUUAGAACAUGUCUGCGGGGCAGUUAUAAUAAUACAGUUUUAACAAAUGUAAAACGUUGCCGUGUUUCAGGUAAACUGAUGAUGGACGAUCUGCGACCCGGUCUGGGAGGUAUAUUAGGGUUGAUGGACCACGAUCACCAUCAUCAUCACCUGCACCAUCACCAUCCGACGGCGGUGCACGCGGAAAAACAGCGCGUGUCCAAAGGGGCCAGUGAUUCGUCCAACGAGCUCGGCUCAUUGUACGGUCUGCCGGUCAACGCGGCCGGCGACUCAUCUCAUCACAACACGCCGUCGCCCGGACGAGGAUCGCUAGCCGAACAGAACAGUAUGUAGUAAACUCUAGAUCAAACGGUUUAUCACACGAUUAUUAUGGUCGAACGUUUUAUAAAAUGCCAUAGAAUUACCUGUGACUACUCGGUGUAUUUUAUGUGUUAUAUGUGUCGAGCAUACUACUUUUGUGACUCGAAAUUUAAAUCGUUGACUUUUUAUUAUUUAUAUUCGGUAUUGUCAAAGGAUCCCACGGUGUCUGUUUUCCAAAUUUUCUCCUACUGAAAAAAAAAAGACUGACAUACUUUGCAUGGGUGCAGCUGUUGUAGGUGAAAAGUUGGGUAAACCAUUACUUACUAAAAAUGAUUCUGAGCGGUGUUCAGUUGAUAGUGAUGCUUUGUCAACAAUAUAUAUGUCAUAUUACGAUAAAAUAAUUAAGUAGGCGUUAUAUAUUUUCUUUAAUAAUAAUGUAACGAUUUUCCCGGUUUUUAACAUUUGCUGGGAAAACUCUUGAAAAAACCGAAAAUUAAUCUCUUUAAAGCACCUACCCAGUCAGAUUUACUUUUAGAAAAAAUCCCAUCAUUGUAAAUCAGAACAAAAUGCUGGUAGAAAAGUUGUCUACAGAAAAAAAAAAAAAUCAUAGUAUUUUACUAAUAUAUUUCGUAUAUUUUCCCAUUUUUUCUCACUUUUUUUUUUCUAUUAGGAAAACUGCCGGGAAAAUCAAAAAAUGACUUACCGAAGUAGCACCCUAGAAAAUUUCGUUUCAGAUAAAAAAUCUUCAUCGUAUACAUCGGAGUAAGCUUUCUGCUGGAAAGUAUUAACAUAAAAAAAAAAAAAUAAUAAUAAAAAAUAAACAUUUCUGUAAAACCAAUACAUUCUUCGUUACACUCUGAAUCUAAAAGAAGAAAAAAAAAUGUUUACAAUUAUAAAAUAAAUUAUCUAUUAACGAAUCGGAUACCGAGUGUUAGCCGAACAAUAAUUUACAUACAUACCGGGCGGUAUAGGACGUAGGCGGUCAGGUAGGUACUGAAUAAAUAUUAAGUCUACACCUUUUAUAACGAUAAGACAAAUACACUAAUCUACUGCGUUCUUACGGACGAAUAUGACGGCAAUUAUCGGGGUAACGUAUUGACUUUAAAUUAGUAUACCAUUGCUUUUUUAAUUGGUAAAUAACAACAUUUUAUAUGGGGGCUUAUAUUAUAUUAGACUCCGAUUUUUCAUUGAAGACGUAUGCAAUUAGUUGACAAUAAAAAAAUUUAAAAUUGACUUUAUCCAAAGAUACGACGCAAAUGUAUAGAAAGUUUUUUUCUUGCCGACACGCAAAUAAUCAUCGAAAUCUGACUAUUCAGCGUGGUACGAGUGAUUUUUCCGUUAAACGAUUAUUCUGAGCCAAAAAUGCUCAUAAAUAGUCAUAAAAAUUGAUGAGAAACUCGAACUAUCGAUAAAGAUUUGUUUUUCAACAACUAGAGUUUUCGAUUAUAAAUGUAUAUUCUAUAAAAUAUUGUUCGAUCACUUCUUUUUCAAACACUGACCUAGCACCGGAUCCCGGUCGUAUUUUCGCCGUAUUAAAAUAUAUUUGUCAUCGAUUCUUUCGUUUUUAUAUACGAGAAUUAUUGCGAAUUGCUUGGUAUUCAAAACUGCGACCAAUAAUAUAUUUUAUGAAAAUUCUCGGGUUCGUUUUAGUGAACCAAUUAAAUUUCGGCCGACAUUGUCGUCGGUUUUACCGUAUAAUAUAAUCGGCAACACACAGCGUAAGCAUUUUUUUCAAAUGAAUUUUGCGUUAUCGCAAAAAUCAUAAAUAAAUAAUAAAUUAAUUUAUUGUUAUCAGGACGCAAUAACCGUUAAUAAACUUAGUUUAAAAACUAAACAAACAUAGAUUGAAAAAAAAACCAACCAUUUAAUUUGUAAAAUGCAUGUUAAAACUCAAAACGGAUUACACGCGAUAUACACAAUUCAUGGAAAGGCCGUUCGAGUAUACAAUGGGAAAUAAACAAAUGUUGAAAUACUUCGCAUCGUAUGUGUGCUACUGUAGUAAAUGGGGAGUUGGGAAUCUAAGGUGAUUAAGUUUAUAAUUUGUACGUGACGAUAAAUCAAUAUGCUAACGUAAAACGUUUCUGAUCAUUAUAACCUGCGGAAUCAUAUAUUAUGCACUUCCUGACGCCACAAAUUUGCAACUACUUCCAAAGUUGACGAUCGGAGCAAGAUUUCUGGUAGACAAUAGUUGUGAACAGAUAGAAAAAAAUCAUCGUGGUAAAACUAAUACAUUAUUGUUCAUCACGCUCUGGAAUCUAAAAUACUGUUUGAUUUUUGAGUGCCUUAUAAUCCUGGUUCCUUCUAAAUAAUGCGGUCCACGUAUUGUGUCAAAUCUCGAAUACCUCUACAUUUUAAAACCGUCUUAUUCUGCCAGGAAUGUAGGAGUUGAAUAUUUGAUUAUUUAUGUAAAAUAACGGCAGUAUAUACUUGAAUUUGAAUUUCCAAUUUAUGUGCGAAUCGUCAGAUUUCUUUAAUUAACUUCUCACAUAAAAUAAUAUAAAUUAUAAUAUUACGUUAACACAUAUUAAAAUUACUACGCGACUGUCAAAUAUAUAAACAACUCAAUAUACAUUAUUUAUCUAUAUAAUAUUUAUGUUUUAGAAUUUCGCAUAGUAACGCAGAAUAUGUAGAUUCCUAUAUUAUAAUAUUAUUAAUGGCACUAAUAUAAAACAAAAAAUGUAAUUUUAUAUGGUAAACUCAUUUUUUUACGUUCGGUAAUUAUAAUUAUCUUAUCUCUAACUAGGAAAUUAUUUUUACUCGUAAAUUACGUAUAAAAUAUGAGCUGCAUUAAAGGGGUCGGAAACGGUUAGCAAAAUUUUCUUCAAUUUUAGAAAUUUAAAAAUUAUUUUAUUCCUUUAGUUUUCACAUUACCGAUAAUACUCUUCCACUAAACUAUUGCCCGAUCGACACUCAAUUUAAGAAGAAUGGGUACGGUCGUUUUUAUGGACGAAUACGACAUUUUUCAUCAAUAAGCGAUGGAAAAUUAGAUGUAUUUCCCAAAGUUCGAUUUCGAUUAUAAAAGUAUGCAUGGACAUUUUGAUAAAUUUUCUAGCUUAUUUAGGAAGUCAAAAAAGAAUGAAUACACAUAGGUUGAUAUUGAGAAAAAGAGACAUACAACUAGUGGAUGGACUAAUCAUGAAAACAUUUUUACUCCAUAAUGUGCUAUUAUCAAUUUGAAAUUUGAAAUUAUAAUCACAAAUUAUCAAUAAAUUAAUUAUAACUGUAUUCUACAGUAUUUGAUAACGUAUAUUUAUAUCUAUGGAAUAAAAAAAUAACAAUAUAUCAUUAUUGAGUGGUAUAUCCAAUUGGAUGUUUUUGAUAAUAUAUAAUUGUAAUAUCUAUGAUUGAGAUUAAAUACAAAUGUAAUACGGUUAUUUGACGGAAUUUUCAAAAAUAAUAAAUUUAUUUUGGAGGUCUUCAAAAAUGAAAAUUGAAAAUCGAUUUCUUUUCGAAUAAUCUAAAACAUUUGUCAAUAGAUUCAUAUUUAUUUAAAAAAUUUAAAUCGGGCAUUGGGAAGUAUAUCUAAUUUUUCACCUCUUAUUGGCUUAAAAGGAAUAGAAAAUAGAUGUGUUUAAAAUAGAAAAUUAUAAUAUUAAUAUACAUACUCGUAUAGGUGCAUUAUAAUAGAUAUUAAUUGUUGUAUAUUGAUAUUGCAAAAAGUGAAUUUCUAUGUAUCAAUUUUCAAAACAUUUCAAGUAUCUCUUUGAAUAUAAAUUGCAUAAGUAUAUAUACAUUAUAGACGUAUUCACGUAGUAAUCGUCGUUUUUUUUUAUUUUUCAAAUUUAUAUGGAAAUAGGUAGCUAUACCGUUCAAAACGAUUUCGUACAUUCUGUGUACGAAGUUCGCCAUACAUAUUGUUAUGUAUAUAUAUACUCGUAUACUAUUAUUUUCUUGAAUAUAAAUUACUAAAAUUCAAGAGGUUUUCACUGUCUAAAAUUUAUCUUUUUGAUGUCGAGCGCUCCACGAAAACCUGUAGGGGUACAAUAAACCGCGUUUUAAUUGAAAAUCUAACUCUCUAAAACGUGUACAGCCAAGUCACGAAUACAGUCAAAAGAGCUAAAAGACGAUGAAUUCAAUAUAAUAAUACUAUAAUGAAAAUAAUUACCGUUAUAGUUUACAGCAAUUACUUAAGUAAAUGAGUAUUUUAAACGAAAACCCCUGUAUAGAAUACAUAGAAGAACAUAUUAAAAUAAUAGUUAUACUUAUUAGAUCUUAGAUAAUAUUAUCUUUUGCCGAGAGUACACGGAGAAAAACAUGUAUGCACUUCACGCGAAUAUUAGAACAAUAAAUUAUAUGUAUAAUUACUAUAAAACAAUUUUAUGACCGUUGAUGCGUAAAUAAGGUGUUUUCCAAAAUUUAGCGAUAUCCAAUUGAAAUGAUGUAUGUAUCUUUUUCAAAAAUUCAACGUUUCCAAUUAAAUUUAUAUCUGAUCCAGCGUUCAAUUUUACCAAAUUGUUUGAUUAUUAUUUCUUAUCAGUUCUCAUUUGUUCUGAUUUGCCAUAAUUUAAAUUUAUGUCCAGGAUAAGGUGCCUAAAUUUUACUUGAUAAUAUAGGGAAAAUAUUGGAAACAUAAGAUCAUGUUCCAUUAUUUAACACUAAAUAUGCAUCAACUGAUGUUCAAUAACUUCUCAACAGAUCCAUCAUCUAGUGACAUUUUGGAAGGCAAUAUUAUAAUAAUAACAAUAACAAUUAAAGAAAAAAAAAAUCAAAUAUAUUAAUUUGUUUUUUUUUUUUUAUCAAUUCCAGCGCCCGAGGGAGCGUUUAAAAAAUUGAAAACCGAACCUUUGACAUCGGUGGGCAGCAUAAGCGCCAGUCAUUCCGGACACACGCCCACUACUGCGACGUGUCCUACUCCUGCAAGACGAAGACACCGUACGACUUUUACUCAAGUCAGUAUAAUUGAUUAUAAUUAUUAUAUCUAUUAUAACUGUCUUACACGUCGUUGACUGUGGCAAACUAAAAUGUCCCCGGAUGUAACUCCUUAUCCCUGAUUUCACCUCCUUCUAGCCAACCACUUCUUCAAUGUAAUAUUUUUAAAUUCUCCGAUUUUCGGGGUUUUCCUUGGAAAUUUGCCAGAAUUAGGAUUCUAUUAUAUGUUAAACUGUUCGUUUGCAGGAACAGCUUGCCGAACUCGAGGCCGCUUUCGCCAAGUCACAUUACCCCGACAUUUAUUGCAGGGAGGAAUUAGCGAGAAGUACAAAACUCAACGAAGCCAGAAUACAAGUAAGUUCGACAGAUGUAAAAAUUUUAAAAUAUUAUAAUAUAUACACAUACGAACUGGGUGCGUGAAUCGGAGUCAGAUCUGACGGAGAACAUUUAGGGCAUCGCUCCGAUCCUAAUGCUUUAAGAGAUUCUGAGAGAACGUAAAGUAUAACCAUAUAUUGGGUAUUAAAAGACGAUGGAAUUAAAUACAAUUUUAUCAAUGCGUUUAAUAAAAAUAUUUUACGUGGAUAAAAGUUUAAGGAAUUCAUGAAUGUAUUUCGGGAAGAUUUUGUUUAAAAAUAGAAAAAUAAAGUGGGUGUAAACAUAUAUUACAGUAUUGGUUAGGUUAGGUUAAGUUAAGUACAGGACUUGCAAGGAAUUUAUUUUAUUCGUUUUCUGAAUGAUUGAAUUAAAAAAAAAAAGUAAUAAUAAUUUAUCUUAUUACGAAUUUAGUACUAGAACCGUUUGGGAUUUUACUAAACAAUUAUGUGUUCAUAUACUCAGUAAACAAUUUUACAAUUAGGUCGGUCUUGUUUGGUGGCUUUAAGUAAAUAAAUUUGGCGGUGAAUGACGAUAUUCGGAAAACUUUUGUUUAAUGUAAUCUUUGUUAUUAAUGUUUUAAUAAUCAAUUGAUAGAUACAUUAUUAUUAUUAAUUACUUUAUGAAACAUAAUCCAUAAUUCAUUAUUAAAUUAUUAUUUGUUUACUAAUUCACAUUUACAUUUUUUUACAUUUUGUGAGUUUUUAAAACCUGAAAAUUAAAAAAUAUAUCUAGAUAAAAAUGAGGUUAUCUUAUAUUUGAUUUAGAUAAGAAUAUGUUUAGAUUUGUUUAUUAUAUCAUCUAGAUAAAUGUUCAAUGUCAGUGAAUAGUACUUGAUGGAAAAAUGAUAAGAACCGCUUUCGGAAAUCCGAUCUGAUUGCAUAUUAACACACUGCACACGAAAUAAAAUAUUAUCCAUGAUUUCGCAUAACAAAUCAGUGUUUAUUUUCGAUUAAUUUCCUUCAUUAGCUUUGCCAAGAGUCAAAGGCUUCAGCUUCAAGAUAUUAUUUAUCCUUAUCAUUUUCGAGCAACUUUAAUGGUAAAUCUAUCCCGAUCAAUGUAUUGUCUAUUAUCUUAUUUAGAUAAUUUUAAAGUUAUCUUUGCACAACAUUGUCCCUCCUCUGAAAAUUACCUGACGGGCGCUUAUAACGCUCUCCUCUCCGGCUUGUGGACUGAUCGACGAUAAUAAUUAUACGUAGGUAAUUACGUAUUCACGAUAUGUAUAUUCUAAACGGUUCGUUGGGGCACGUCGUCGUACAUAUAGGUAUAUAAAAAUAAUAAUAAAUUUGUUAUUUUUGUUGUUCUAGCGGAACUUUUGUUUUGUUUUUCGGAUAAUGAAACAUGUGACAGAUAACCGCAUUUGAAUGUCUCAUUUACAUACAUUAUAUACCUAUAUAUUAUUCCCGCCAAUUACUAGAUUACACCUGUAUAGAUGUAUCGGUACCGUCGUCGAAUCGGCAUGCGCCACAUGGAUGAAUAAAAGACAACUAGGCAACAGCACUGGGUGACGGCUGUCGUUGACGGCAGCCGGUAUUUUAGUUCCGGGAGGAGGAGGGGAAUGAUAGCACACCGACCUACCAAAAAUCAUUGACAUAUUAAAUAAUGUGCAUGUUAUCGGAUACCGAAAUUAAAGUUCUUGUUACAAAAAAUACUGAUGACAAAUCACUGCAGAUUACUAUUUACUACCCACAUUAUUGACCUACUAAAGGAGUUUUGAGGAACUUAAACUCAUAUCUACAUUAGUAUCUAAUUGAAACCAGUGCCACUGUUUUCUGCGGAAGCAUUCCUAGAUAGCGUUUCUGGGUGUAUAAUUAAAUUAAUUUCCGAUGUGUUAUAAAAUCUAUGAAAAAAUGAAAGCUCGUGUUAGAUUUUUAGAAAUGCGCCUCUGGUGGUCUUAAAACCGGUUUUGUAUACGAUAAAUUUAAAAAUAUCAAGAUAAAGAUAGAUUGCGAGAGUAAUUAGAUGAAAAUAAAAGAUGCGUAACAAUUUAAUUAUCCAGAUAAAGAUAAAUAAUUAGCAAUUUUUUAUCUGGAUAGAAAAAUAAAAAUUGUUCAUAACCUAUCAUAAAUCUAAGUGCUCAAAGUAGUAAAAGUGUACCAUAUUUGAUACACGUCUAGACUUCAUAAACGUUGUGCGAUUAAUGUAAUAACAUUAUAAUAAGUAUGAAUUUAUUAAUAAAUUAAAUUAAAUAUUAAACCUUUUAUUAAGUGCCGUAAAGUGCUUUAUGGAUUUGUCCAUAUCUAUGUCUGCUCGUACCUCGCACAUGGUUGCGAAUUUCGAAAAGCGGUUUUGACUAAACGAUUAAUUAGGCAUUAAAGAAGGCUUCUGUUAAUUUUCCAGUUUAAUCGGCUAAAACUUAAAGUUGUUUAAUUUGUCGGGCCAUUACGAAACCUCGAUAUUAACGGCGGUUUGUAUUGGUUUAUUUCUAAUAAACUGUAUAAAUUUCGGUUUAAAAAGAUUUAUCCAGAUAAUACACGUUUAUCUAUCUCUCUAUCUAUCUAUAUAUAGACGAUUCUAAAUAUUUAUCGUUUGUUUAUAUAGAUACGAUAAAUGAUUUUAUUUAUCUAGAUACAUUUGAACCAGACAAACACGAUUGACCAUAGAAUAUUUUAUGCGACGUUAUAUUAUACAUUCAAAAAGAAAUUUUGUAAUUUAUUAUUUUCACGUAUUAAUACAUGCCAAGAUACCAAACUUAUCCGAGCUACGAGCAGAGUUAAAAUGUAUCGAUUAAUACAUUUAGUGAAUAAAGCAAUAAAUAUAAAUUUGUUUUAUUAGUAAUACUGAUCGCAAUAAAGGCGACAUUUUAUUGCAUUAAAGUUGUAAAUUAACUGUUCUAAAAUUAUUAUAGAAAUAAUUCAAUUUAUGUAGUUUAUGUUCAAUCACCUGGACCUUCGCAUAAGUCGAUGCGUUAAAAAAAGUUUUUUAAGAUAUUAUUAGUAUGAAAUAGUACAACUAUUUUCUAACCCGUAUACUAUAUUUUUGUAUUAUAUCGUAACCAUUCAUUUUUUGUAUAGUAUAAAAUGCAUAAUUGUUUAACGUGGCAAAUGGCUCAUAAUAAUUGUUUUUGCUCAAUCGUCAGAAGGUUAUCGUAUGUAUUUCUAAAACCUUUAACACGCCGACAAGUGACGUUAGACCGAGGGGAAUUUCCGUCCGCGGAACAAAAUGUUAACGUACAAUAUGCGAAAGGGGAAUUUUGUGUCUUUGUGGGAAUUUCUUUACGUUUCUUAUUUAAAUAAUUAUUAGUUCAAUAUAUUGCAUAAAGUCACACGAUAAUAUAUUAUUUCGGUGUAUUUUAUAUUGAAAAUAAUAUGAUAGUACGUUUAAAUUUUAACGAGAGGUAUAUUAGGCAUCCGCGGUGCACUAUUGACGAAUAAUGGAGAAAUAUCGCGUCGGUCAAUAAAAUCGACGAAGAGGUUAUUUUCUCCGAUAAGAACUAUAUGUUCUGUGAUUAACAGUGCGGCGGACGGAGCGAAUUUGUCGGCCGGUAAAAUUCAGCUCCCGCAAAGGGAAUUUUCGUUAUCCUUGGGAGUAAAACCGUCUAAUAACUCCUAUCUAGCACAUCACCGGGCGCCGCCGCCGUCGCCGCGCCGGGCGGUGAGUCACAUCACGGCUCCGCCGCUAUUCCCGGGAUGCCCGGUACACAACCCCCUCGGAUCGCGCGCGCAUUGUGCCGCGCGCGCGUACGUCACACGCGCGCGCCCGCCGAGAACCGCCGCGAGAGCCGCGCCGUAAUCGAAUUUAUCGUCCGAAAUGUAUUUCCGGGGCGCGCACCGUCGUGUACAUAAAGGGAUACGUUUUCCCCGCGGGGUUUUAAAACGUCGCGCGUACUCUGCCGAAUAUUUAAUAUAUAUAUACACACGAUAAUGCGAGUAUAAUAAUAUAUACGUAUAUAUUAUAUUCGGAAACGUUGCUCGAAAAGGGGACGCGACGACGCUGCACGGGUGUAUAAUAAUGUGUAUAUAUUAUAUGAGUUCGCAUUGGAUGACGUAAAUGAUAAUACGACCGCCGGGCGGGUUUUUUUUUUCCCUCUCCCCGUUACCCGCUUUCCCCGCGUUCGUGUAUAUAGGUAUGGUUUCAAAACCGGAGGGCCAAGUACAGAAAACAGGAAAAGCAAUUGCAAAAGGCUCUGGCCCCGCCCUCGAUGCUGCCCGGAUGCAACGGGGCCGCCAUGAUGCGAAACAUCUACCCGUCGGCCUCCAGGACGUACCAAGCGUACCCGCACCCGAACAGCAUGAACAGAUACCAUCCACAGGUAUGCGUGCGUGUAACUCGUAUAAUUCUAUAAUUCAUAAUAAUUUAUAAUAUAAUAUUAUAUUUGUCGUAUUAUUGUCGUCUCAAUGUUGCCGUGUAUUAUUGCGUAUUGCGUAUUUAGACUACCCUUACGGAUUUUAAAACAAAAAAGUCUCUAUUCCCAACCCCCCUCCUCCCACCGAUUAUCUAAGAUGCAUACCGUCAAAUACAUAACGUUUUGAUCCGUGUGCAACGGAUACUUAAAAAGCAAAUAUUUGUAUUAUUUCGUAUUGCCCGCUGUUUUUUCCGUUUUUAGAGCAUUUUUUUUUUGGUAAUUAUUUGUCAGUUUUUAAGUGCUUAUUAACCAAUACGAAUUAACAGUUUAAAAUUAGACGAUUCGUAAUAUUUUUUCAAGUAAUUUUAUUUUGCAUGUGAUUUGCUUUAAUUUAAUCGCAUUUAGGUGUUUUUUAUACUUUCAUUAAGUAUUAUUUUUCAUUAUUCCAGUUCAUUAUUCUAUUCUUAUUACGACUGUGGUGGUGCGUCAUUCUGCUCGAAUUAUUAACAACAAAAUAAAGUUAAACACUUAUAUUUCGCGGUUUUUUCAUUUCUGCAGUACCUAUUAUUUUGUUAAAUUACAUUUUAUUUUUUUUAUUUUAGAAAAAUUAAUUUUGUUUUUAGUGAUUUCAUCCCGAGCAUUUUUUGUUUUACAUUAAAUGCACAAAUACUAAUUAUACUUAAACUGUUACAGUUCUAUAAAACUUGUAACUGGGUAAUUAUUGUGAUUUUUUUUUCCCUUGGUGCGCAAUUCCGAUUUGGUUUUCGCAGGUUAUUCCAUUGCAACAAAGUGGUAUUAAAUACAUAAGUUGCCUACCAAAAUAAAUAAAAAAAAGAAAUGAAAAAUUCGAAUUAUUAUUAUUAUUAAACAUCGAUUACUAGGUAUAACAUUGUGAUGUUAAGUUAACAAUCUCAAGUUAAUAAAUUGGUUUAUGUAUCGGCUAGAACAGUUUGAAUGAAAAAAGCUUACACAUUUUAAUUUAAUUUUUCGAACUUUUAUACUAUUUUCUAUUUAUUUUAUUUCGAAGUAGGCAAUUUUUUUUAGAAAUUAUUGUUUUAAUUCAUACUAUUGUUUGAAAUUGAUAUAAAUUAUUUACAAAGAAGUUAUUAUUAUUAUUAUUAUUUUUAUUGAUAUGCUACUACAAUUAUUAUUGACGUACAUAGUUUAGUUUUUAACGAUUUUCAAGGCAUACAUCUUGUAAAGAAAGUUCUUAGAUAUUGUAAUAUAACCAAACAAUUUUUUAUCAAUGUAUUUUAAAAGAAUUAUUUUUGUUGAUUAAAUUAUUAUUUCGUUUUAUUUUUGACCAUUUUCUACCACAUUUAUUCGUGUAUAUUAUUAUUAUAAUAUUUAAACGCCUCGGCAAAGAAAUACGCAGCGGAAUACUAAAUUUAUUCCCGAUUUUUGAUUCUGUAAAGGUCUAACAAGACCUAACCUAACCUAACCUAACCCGUUUCGUAAGAAUAGUUAGAACCAUUUUACCUCAAAUAAUUCGUCUAUUUUACACGACAAAAACUAAUUCGAAAAUAUUUGCAAACUGCAAUGUAACAAAAUAAUACGAGUUUUACAUCCCGUAUAUUUUAUACGCGAUUUAUAUUUCAAUAUCCUCAAAUAACCUUAGUUAUCCGCUCCUAAAAUAGAUGACUUCUUUGGUAUAAUAAUGCGCAGUAUUAUACGAAUAUGUAUUGGAUAUUUGAAUUGUCCAUUUUAUAAAUGGAAGUAUUUCCCGGCAACCCGUGGAAAUUGCAUGACAGUCAGAGCCAGUUCGUCUCUAUAACGGUUGUCGUAAUGUUUUUUAACUGCAGCAUACUAUAAUUUAACUCGUGAUUUAAUUUUUUCAGAUGUCGUCUAGUUCAUACAUGUCUACUGCUGUGAUGAGUCAACCGUUCACAGUUACGAGCCAUCAUUCGAAUCCGGCGGCUUCUUCAAAUCAGUCUUCUAUUACGACACCCGCAGGUUAGGUUAUAAUAAUAUAUUACUGUCAUUUACCAAAAUGAAAAUCAUUGUAUUGCAUUGCAUUUUUUUACAUUGUUUAACUAAUAAUUAUAUAAUCGAGAGUUAAGCCGCAAGACAUUGAUUUAAGUAGUGACACGGGAGUAGUGCGAAUAAUUUCAAGUAGAGUCAAUCUUGAUUUACAUCAUGAGUAUUUGUUACUUAUUGUAUACCUAUAUCUAUAUAUUUAAGGACCACGUACCACGUUUGAGAAUAGGAGUGGAAUGGGGGGCUAAGCAGAUUAAAGAUUCUUCGAAAUUGCCUGUAGUCCCCUCCCAGAAAACUUACCAAGCAAGAAAUAUUUUAUCCUUACUCUUUUUUUAUUUUAUUUUUUUGCGAAAAUGUAAAACAUAUAUUGAAAGCUUAUUCUAUAUCACAGAUAUAAAUAAAUGUUUAGUGUUGUGAGGGGCGUUUUUUGUAUGAGUUUCGUAAAGUAUAAAAAAAAUUAUAAGGUAAUAAUAUCAAAUCAAGUAGCUUGUUACAGCUAAUCAUUUAAUUCUAAAAUAAGAUAAUCGACGUGAUUGAACAAACAUUAUUACCUUUUUAUCUCUUCAAAUUAGUAUUAGUACACUGAAUACAAAUUUUUGGUGCACUAUAAUGAACACUUAUAUAAUACACUAUACUUCACUUCACUAUUAUGAAGUAACACGAUAGUCGGUACUACAAUCUAGUUCGUUUAGCUAGGAAUCUAAUCUACCUGUCGGUACGAAUCUGGUAAUAUUUUGCGGGCAAAGUAUAAUUUGCCCGAUGUUUUUGGAUAGUAAAAUAAAAUACUACUUUGCCGGUCAGAGUAUACUUAGUUCAUUAGUCUCACUAGUAAAUUGCGCAUUUUAACGUCGUGUUCCUAACUGGUGUUUACACUUAUCGGUUUGAGAUAAAUUGAACGAUGGGUAACUCAAUAUAAUAAUCAUACAUUAUAUGAUACGCUAGCCACUCCACACACAUUUCUGUCCGAACUAUUCCAAUUAUUUCACUUACGCAAUAAUGGCUAAUCGGCCAUUGAGAUAAUUUUUUUGUUAUUAAUCGUUAGUAAUAUUUAUCGAUAGAUAUAACUGUAUUAAAAAAUGUAAUUCGAAAUGUCAUUCUAAUAAUAAUCGUUCGAACAAAUAGUAAUAUGAUCCGGGCAAUGCAUAAUUUUAACUACAUUGCCCAUCAAAAUCGGGCAGUACCACAAUGCCAGAACACAUUGCUUGAUAUUCUACUUUAUCCACAACAUAUACAUUUAUACAUUACAUAUUACAGGGUAAUUCACUAAGUGUUAAGUUUUCUAUAUAUAUUUACAUUUUAAUUUUUAGAAUUUUUAAAUGUAGUUAAGCCCGACCUUUUUAAAUACCUAGAAUUUUCACCACAUUUAAGGAGUAUCCUGUAGCGAUAUUAACUUUGGUUUUUCAAAUGAGAACCUAUACUAAAAAUUUCAUAAACUAAAUUAUUCCAGUAAUAUUCUCGUUAGCGAAUUGACAGAAAUCAAAAAUGUUAACAUCAAGAUGUAUUUAAAGUAAUACUCCAUCUAUUUAUAUAGGGUGAUUACGGGAAGUAAUAAGAUUUAAAAAUAUAAAGUUUAUACAAAUUCUAUACCGAUAUGUAAUAUCUGAAACGUGCGAUUUUUUUUCCCUAUUGGACAUUUUACAACGUUGUACGAGUACGUUUCGUUAGGUACGUUCUAUUAUAUCGAUUUGUAAUUAAACGGUUACGCCGUGAAAAAAUUGCAGAACACUUUUAACUCCUUGUAUAAAGUGUUUUUAAACUAAAAACUAAAACGAUUUUACGAAAAAUGUUAUAGUUUUUUUUUCUCUUCUACAGUUUUUCUUAAACUUUACAUCGAAAACUACUGGGAAUUCGUAUAAUCCUGAAGCACCAUCUGUAUCCUAUAGAAAAAGGGACGUAUAAAACUUUCGAAACACUUUCGCCGUCUCAAUAGUCAUAAAUGCAGUUUUCUGCAAAAAAAAAAAAAAAUUAUUAUCAUUCCUAAAAUCUACAGCUCUCGGUGAAAAAUCUAAAAUAAUCUGAUCAUUUUACUGUAUUAUGUGAGGUUGAAAAAUUAAAUUCAUAUAAUCAAAUAUUCUAUUGACAAUUUAUUUUAUCGAUAAUACAAAUUAUAAUAUAAUAUUAUACAUACAAUAUUAUUAUUUCCGUACGUAGUGAUGAUAAUAUUUAUGUUUAGGACUCGCGCUGAUAGAUUUCAGAACAAAACAAUGUUUGGUUUUAACCACAUGUCAUGGUAUUUCUAGCAGCUACAGCGUAAUAUUAUAUAGUUAAUAGCAAUCAGAUUUUAAAUCUACAUUCACGUAAUCGAGAUUAUAUCUAAAGUUUUAUAUUAUUUUUAUCUUCUGUCUGAAGCGAUGGAAAAUUUGCUCGUUAUCUUGAUGGAAUAAUUUUUUGUUAUUUCUAUUCAGGUCUCGCAUUACGUGGCGCUGUUUUUUAUGGAAAUGAAUUGUGACUGAUAAAUAUAAAUUAAAGUCGCAUAGAUAAUCAUUUAUAAUUAUAAUUUAUAGAGUAUUAUUAAAAACUCGAGUUGUGUGUUAUCGAUUAAUUCCUCUAGGUACAAUUUCAGUUUUAAUUACACCUGACAUGUCAAAAUUGCAUUAUGUACGUGACAUUACUCCCCCUAUUCCGGAAACUAUAGUUUCCUACUCGACUUUUAAAUUAAGUUAUUUCCCAGAACCGGAACGGGCCUUCUGAUUCAGUACAUUAUUAGUAUAGUUUCGGGUUUUUUACAAGCGUGGGAGCCCGUAAAACAUUAUAUAAACUGUUUGAUAAAACGUGCAAUCCAAUACUAUUUAUACUUUACUAAAAACCUACCCAAACGUUUUGAAUAUAGUCUACUGCGGUUAACUGUGUAUUGUGGUUUCAUUCCAACCACUAUUCACUAUAUAUUAUAAAUGUUCAAACGAUUUGUAAAACACGUUGGUUUUGUUUUCAGGAAUGAUGCCCGAAGAAGAAUGGUACAAUAAGAGUUUGUCGGCAUUGCGAAUGAACUCGGGUCACCAUCCGAACCUCACUACGCCAAUGUUACAAUACCAAACAUAGAGUUGCUGUGAUAAUUAAUCAUAAUAUAUUAUAAUAUAGUUACAUUUUAUUAUUGGUGCCAAUAAUAUUGAAUUAUUUAUGAGAUUUAUGCUGGGCGUUGCAUGGACGUCCAUUAAACGUUUUAACCUGAACUACUAGAGUUUUAAAAAAUGAUAAUAUGAUUGUGUAUAAUGAUUCAUUAAGCUUUCAUUAAAUUAAAUGGUCUCCUAAACUGCAGGAGCUAAUCAGUUCAUUAAAUUAGAGGUGCGAACUAUUCGGCUCGUUAAAAAUUAUAACAUUGAUUUAUUCAUAGAUCUGGUAUUCAAAGCUAUAUCUAUACGGGCUUAUCACAAAAUUAUAUUCGUCCUAUUUUGAUUAAAUUUUCAUAAUAAUAAUCAAAAACUAACUGGGUGUAAAUGAAUUAUAAACCAUCAUAAUAUAGGUACCUAUUUAAUGAACCGUUUAUGCGACUCAUGAGACUCUCCAAAGGUUCUUCAAAAUUGUUUAGUGGCCACGUUUUUUGAUAAGCCCACGUAUUAUACGUAUAGUUAUACAUAUAUCUUUGGUUCCAGGGAAGAAGGGCUUAAGUCAAUUUUAGGAUCUUUUUUUUAUUUAUUUAAUUGUGUUUGUAAUUUGUUUCCUUUUUUUUUUAAAUCUAAAUGGUAUAAGCGUUCGUAUGUAUAUUAUUUAAAUCAUAUACAAUGGAUGUAUAACCAUAGCAUAUCUCGUCCGUUUAAAAAAUUUGAAUCUUAAAUAAGCAGCUGGUUAUCUGCGUAUACAAAAGUAUACUUGUUGCAUAUUUUAUCUGAAUAGUUUAUUUUGCCCAUGAAGAAUAAUUAUGACUGAUAAUUGAUAAGCAUAGUUAAAUAUGCAAAGAGUAUGUUCGUGGCAUGCACAAAUAACGCGUCUCAUCGGGCGUACCGUCACUUAUAUGCACUUCGAAUUAUAUCGGUACAUCAUAGCCUAUAUAUAUAUAUAUAUUAGUAUAUGAUCUAAGGAAUACAAUGUUAUACUAAAAUUACUGUUAAAAGAAACUACUACUAUUAUUACAACCAAAAUAUCUUAAGUCACUACGAUGAAUUUUUUGUUUAGUAAAAAGGCACACGUCGUAUGCGACUAUAUGACUUAGCUAUUUAGAACGCCUGCAUUUAGGUUAGGCCAUUUCGAAAUUAUGCCAUUAAGUAAUUCGGUCGUUUACUAUUUAGAAAUUGUGCCACUAUAUACCAUUCAGUAGAUUAGAUUAUUGAAUCUGCUUCUGUUAACACAAUACUUUCUUCUCCGGGGCUAAAGAUAUUAUUGUAAACCUCUCCUUACCCUAUUAUAUUAUAUUAUUAUGUAUACCUAAUGUUACGCGUGUCUCUAAACUCUUUUUUUGGCGAUUCGUGUACAAAAAACCGUAGGAUUUCCUUUACUCUAUAUAAUAAUUAAUAUUAUUAUAUUUAAUUUAUUAUAUAAAACAAUUUCAUGUACAUAUUAAUUUUUUUUUCGGUUUGAUGUUUUUUUUUUUUAAUUUUAACACUUGCGAUUUAUAUUAAUAACAUACCUAGAUGUUUAUAUACUUUUUUUUGAUUUUUACGAUUGAUUAUAUAUUAUUAAAAUAAUAUUAUUUUACUGAAUACCGUCUAUAAGAUAUUAUAACGUAAUAAUAUAUUAUAGGAUUUUUUGUCAAUGGAAUUAUUGUAAAUAUUAUAUACACGUUUUCAUAUUAUAUAAAACGACAUGUCAGAGGAUAUUUUUUUUUUGUUCGUUCAUUAAGCAACGGCAAC